AUGGGCAUCAUCACUCCCUCCUCUCUGCUGCUAUCCUUGGCAACGUUGGUCGCCUCACACGGCCAUGUUGACUGGCUAGUGGCUGACAACGUCGCCUACCGCGGCUGGGACUCUCCUGCGUUCACGUAUUCGCCUCCCACAUACCCGGUCGUCGGAUGGAAGAUCGAUGCCCCUGACAACGGUUUCGUCGAGCCAGUCAACUUCGGUACAGGCGAUAUCAUCUGCCACAAGAACGGAUCUCCCGCCGGAGGCCAUGCCACCGUCCCUGCAGGAGCCAAGAUCCAGCUCGUCUGGAACACAUGGCCCGAGUCCCACAAGGGCCCUGUGAUCGACUACCUUGCCAAGUGCAGCGGCAAUUGCGAGUCCGUCGACAAGACCUCGCUGAACUUCUUCAAGAUCAGCGCCGGCGGUCUCAUUGACAUGUCGCUCUCGAACGGCAAGUGGGCCGACGAUGUCUUGAUGGCCAACAACUUCACCUGGACCGUCCAGAUUCCAUCGAACCUGGCCCCAGGCAACUACGUUCUCCGCCACGAGAUCAUCGCGCUGCACUCUGGCGGCAACGUCAACGGCGCCCAGGCAUACCCGCAGUGCUUCAACCUGCAGGUCACUGGCGGCGGCUCCCUCGCUCCGGCUGGUGUCAAGGGCACGGCUCUGUACAAGUCAGACGACCCCGGAAUUCUUUUCAACCUGUACACUUCGCCUUUGGUCUACCCAAUCCCCGGUCCGACUUUGGCGGCGGGAAUCUCGUCUUCGACUGCUGCUCAGAGCACCGCCCGGCCGACCGCGACAUCCAGCGCGACGGCCCCCGGAGGUGCCGGCGGAAGCAGCCCCACCACGGCUCGGACGACAACGGCGGCGGCCCCGGCUACCACGACCACUGCCAGGACGACGACUACCACCGCCGCAGGAGGAGGUUCCGGCGGCAGCACCGUGCCCAAGUAUGGCCAGUGCGGUGGUAUUGGAUACAGUGGCUCGACGACUUGUGCCUCUGGUUCGACUUGCCAGGUUCUCAACGAGUACUACUCUCAAUGUGUUUAG